UUAUAUCACAUCCAAUCGAACCUUGUAAAAAGACUAAUACAAACCCUCACCUCCCAAACUAAUCACUCUACACUUCUCUCAAAAACCACAAAGAAAGCUUAAUUAACAUAGUUAAAUCAUGGCUUCAAAGAACAUGAUGAAAAACACUAUAGCUCUCUUCCUCAUCAUCAACCUCGUCUUCCUUGGCUUCACAAUGUCCCAAGCUCCACCACCUCAAGCUCCGGUGUGUCCCAGAGACUCGAUCCAGUUACUAGCUUGUAUCAACGUGAUUCGCCUCAGCCUAAUCCUCAACAAUCGAACAGCGAGGCCAUGCUGCACUCUAGUGGCUGGGCUUGACGUCUCUGCGGCAUCUGUCUGCAUCUGCAAUUCCAUUAGAAUCACAGCCCUCAAUUUCUUGAGGAUCAACCUGAGAGUUAACGAGGUUCUAAGACUCUGCAAUUUACCUCCUCCAGCUGGUUUCAGAUGCACUUAGUCCUCUCAUAUAUAAGACUAUAAAAGCAAACAAGCUCUGUAAUAUCGAAUACUAAUAACUAAAAUGGUGCAUGCGAAGUAUGUUUCUUAAAUAAUUAUACGCGACCUAAUGUAUGUUGUUGA